UAUUAUUUUCGAGAACAUGUCUCUAUGAUUGCAGAGCAGAAACUCUCUAACAUGGCUUUGAUGUUUUCUUUGACUAACUCUUCCUCUUAACGUUUCAGAAUAGUAGCACACAACAAUCACUACAACUUUUGUCACAUGCUUGUAUAUGUUUUGUCGAUAUAAACAUAUACAAGCAUUUCGUAUAUGUUUUGUCGAUAUAAACAUAUACAAGCAUUUCGUAUAUGUUUUGUCGAUAUAAACAGCUAAGCCCCUCUUGGUGCUUCUCAACACUAUACGUGCCGUGACUCUCUUUCUCUCUCUCGUGUAGACUAAUUCGAAGUCGCGCCCACGUUUCUUUGCGCAUUUCGUGGACACAACUGUACUAUUUUUCCUUCACAAAGGAACAUUUGGGAAAUCCAGUGGAAAUCGAAAAUUCCAACGUGUAAGUGGGAGAGAAAGGUAAGACUUACUUGAGUCUUGAGCGUCAGACUUUUUUUUGUUCUUUUUCUUUUUUCAAUUAUUCAUUCUGGUGAUCCGAAUGUACUGCAUUUGGCCAUGAAAAUUUAGGGUUGGAGAUAAUAUUUGUAAAUCUGGAUGUUGCCUAUAUCAGCUUAGAAAUCUGGUACUUUGUUGAUCUGUUUUUUUUUGUUUCUGGUUCAAAAUCUUGGAAUUGGUGAUCUGGGUUUUGCUCACAUUAGGUUUUCCCAGUUAGAUUUUGAUUGGUUUUUGUAAUAUUACCAAAUUCUCGGCCGAAAUUGAAGUUUCUUCUAGGUAUUUUGGAGAACUUGAGUAUUUAUAGCGAAGGACUUUGAAUAAUUGGAGGAAUUCUUGGGUUGAAUUCUGCUAUUGAAUGAAGUUUGUGUUGUAUGUAGUGAGAAAAAGGAUUGGACUUUGGUGUUGUUUAUUAUGCCAACAUACAUAUGGAUGUAUAGGUGAUUAGAUACAAAUUUCAUUUUCAAGGGGAGUUUGUUAGAAAGAUGGCCCCAACAUCACCUUCUCCAAACUCUUCACCACCUCCUUCCUCUUCUCCUUCAAAUUCUUCAACCACUGUACCUCCUCCUCCUGCAUCAUCUCAGCCCAAUCAGACUCCUGACACACCGGCUCCUUCAACCCCUACUAACUCCUCAACCCCACCUCCCCAAUCUCCUCCAGUGGCAGUUCCCACUGCGUCUCCUCCGACCCCACCAUCAUCACCAUCGUCACCUCCACCAUCAUCACCUCCACCAUCUCCACCAUCAUCACCUCCACCAUCUCCACCACCUUCACCUCCUUCUGCUCCUCCUCCAGCUACAAAUUCUCCGCCCCCUUCACCACCGUCCUCGUCUCCUCCCAAAGCCUCACCAGCCCCUCCAGUGGCAACCUCAUCGCCUCCUCCAGCCGCUUCAUCUACUCCGCCCCCUCCAGCAGAAGUCCCAUCGCCACCUUCCUCCAAUUCUCCACCUCCACCACUUGCAAAGCCACCAAAAAGUUCUCCUUCAGCUCCUCCUCCAUCUGGUUCUCCACCUGCUCCUCCACCCUCAACGAACUCUCCUCCAAGUUCCACAUUAUCUCCUCCUCCUGUCCCCUCAUCAUCUUCGCCGCCUUCUAUCUCUCCUCCUGCUCCUCCGGCUUCAACAGGUUCCCCUCCAGGUUCUACAUCAUCUCCUCCUCCUGUCCCCUCAUCAUCUUCACCGCCUUCUACCUCUCCUCCUGCUCCUACUAGUAAUUCAUCAGUCCGAGGGUCUGCCCCUUCAUCUCCAUUACCCUCUAUACCUGCAGCUAAACCAACUGCAAAGUCAACUGUUCCUGGUUCAAAUGUAACAGCAAAUGCUACAUCCAGACAUACGGGUGGGAUCAAGGCUGGAGGUGCAAUUGCAAUUGGCAUUGUCAUUGGUUUUCUGGUACUUAGUCUUGUUUUGAUGGCUGUGUGGUUUACACACAAACGAAAGAAAAGGGGACCUGAGAAUGGUGUGCCUUCUCCAUUUGCUUCCUCCCAAAAUUCAGGUUCAUUAUUCCUAAGGCCCCAGAAUUCUAACCUAGCUGGAAGUGCUUCUGGAAGCAACUUCGUGUACUCUACAGAGCCCGGCCUAUACGGCAAUUCAAGGUCAUGGUUCACAUAUGAAGAACUAGCUGAGGCUACAAAUGGGUUUUCAGCUCAAAAUCUUUUGGGUGAGGGUGGGUUUGGUUGUGUUUACAAAGGAUACCUCACAGAUGGAAGAGAAGUAGCUGUUAAACAGCUAAAGAUUGGUGGUGGACAAGGGGAGCGUGAGUUCAGAGCAGAAGUCGAGAUUAUCAGCCGAGUACACCAUCGCCAUUUGGUUUCACUUGUGGGUUACUGUAUACAAGAGCAUCAAAGAUUGCUUGUCUAUGAAUAUGUUCCAAACAACACCCUUCAUUAUCAUCUCCAUGAUGAAGAUCGGCCAGUUAUGGAUUGGGGUACUCGAUUUAAAGUUGCUGCUGGCGCAGCUUGUGGAUUAGCUUAUCUUCAUGAAGAUUGCCAUCCCCGGAUUAUUCACAGGGAUAUCAAGUCAUCAAACAUUCUCUUGGAUAACGACUUUGAAGCUCAGGUUGCAGAUUUCGGACUUGCAAAACUAGCAUUGGAUGCGAAUACACAUGUGACCACACGUGUGAUGGGAACCUUUGGAUAUAUGGCUCCAGAGUACGCAUCAAGUGGCAAAUUGACUGAAAAGUCUGAUGUGUUUUCGUUCGGAGUUGUGCUUUUAGAGCUCAUUACUGGUCGCAAGCCUGUGGAUGCAUCUCAGCCGUUGGGUGAUGAGAGUCUAGUUGAAUGGGCUCGACCUUUGCUUACUCAAGCACUAGACAGUGAAGACUUCGAAGGGUUGGUAGAUCCAAGGCUGGAAAAGAACUUCGUUCAAAGUGAGAUGUUCCGGAUGAUUGAAGCAGCUGCAGCUUGUGUGCGUCAUUUAGCUUCAAAGAGGCCACGAAUGAGUCAGGUGGUGAGAGCUUUAGAGUCCAUAAGUGAGUUCUCAGAUCUUACCAAUGGAAUGAGACCUGGACAAAGUGAAGUCUUUGAUUCAAGACAACAAUCUGCACAAAUCAGAAUGUUCCAGAGGAUGGCAUUCGGAAGUCAAGACUACAGUUCCGAAUUUUUUAACCAAUCCCACAGUAGCUGGAGAAGUUGAGAUUGCAGUGAAUGGCAUACAUCAGCACCCAUUGGAUCAUCAUGGACACAAGAGUAACCGAGACUAGUAUAAACCUCACUGUGGCAUCAUGAAGCCAACAGCAAGUUAUUAACAUUUACUUAAAAACAACAUUUUUUUGAAAGGGUGCAAGCUUUUCUUUGUCUCAGAAUUAUAUUUGUUCCUUCCAUUGAGAUUGAGUUCUUGUAAUUAGUUUCUAAUGUGCAUUUUUUUCCCUGCAAUUUUGUUUUCUCUGACAUGUUGCUUGUAUAGAUUUUAGAUGAAAUUAAUAUUAUCAUUAUUAUUAUAUUCUUUA